AUGGCGGAUGUCGAGAGGGCUGGCUCUAUCUCGUAUGAGUCUUUCAAAGAAGAUGUGUCCCAUGAGCAGAAGCUCGAUGCCGACACCCAUGCCAUGCCCGAGAUUCUGAGGUCUCUCUCGCCUGAGGAGUACAACAAAGUCGGCAGAAGAGCUACGCUGAAGAUGGACAUAAUCAUCUUACCCACGCUUAUGGUCACCUACAUCUUGAAUUACCUCGACCGCAAUAACAUUGCCUCUGCAAAGCUGGCUGGUAUUAUGCAGGACUUGCACUUAUCCGAGACGGAAUAUCAGACUUGUGUGUCGAUUCUGUUUGUAGGAUACAUCAUCAUGCAGAUUCCCUCUAAUAUGAUCAUCGGGAAAAUCAAGCUUCCUGGCGUUUACAUCUGCGGGGCGAUGGCGGUCUGGGGUAUCAUCUCGGCAGCUCAGACAGUGGUCAAGACGUUCGCAAGUCUAGCUGUCGCGAGGUUCUUCAUCGGUUUCGUCGAAGCGGUGUUCUUCCCUGGUGCCCUGUUCUACCUUUCGAUAUUCUACAACCGGAAGCAGUAUGCCUUCCGCACUGCCCUCUUCUACUCCGGCUCACAACUCGGAAACGCAUUCGGCGGCUUGCUCGCCAUUGCCAUCCUCAAGUUGGACGGAAGGUAUGGGUUGGAAGGCUGGAGAUGGGGAGUCGUCACGAUCGGCCUCGCUGUGGUCUUUGCCUUCAUCCUUCCCAACUCCCCGGACGGCAUCAGAAGCCUCAAUGAAGCGGAGCGGGCAUGGAUCAAACACAACUUUGACAAAGACCAAGGACAGAGCGAUAACCGGUCAGAAAUCACCGCAAGGCAGGGCUUUAUGCUCGCUGUCCGCGACCCAAAGACGUGGCUCAUGCUCGCAACACUAUACUGCAUCUUCACCUCUGCCGGCGUCACCAACUUCUUCCCUCCAGUCGUCGCGACGCUGGGGUACUCGCGUACCAUCACGUUUGCGCUCACAGCCCCGCCUUUCGUGCUGUGCUGCUUCACGAUGUUAAUCAAUGGCUUCCAUUCGGACCGGACGGGGGAGCGAUACUGGCACAUCGUCGGGCCGCUGUGCAUCACACUGGUCGCUAACAUCAUCGCCGUCUCGACGCUCAACACCGGUGCGCGUUACACGGCGAUGAUGCUCAUGCCGGCGUCCUUCUACGCCGGGUCGACCGUCCUACUCUCUUGGAUCACGGGCACGCUUAACCAGCCCGUCACGAAGAGAGCUGCGGCGAUCGCGUUGAUCAUUUCAGUGUGCAACACGCCGAACGUCUGGACGCCGUACCUGUACAAUGGAGCGCCCAGGUACUUCGCUGCUUUCACCGUCAACCUGGUUGCUGCUGGGGCGGCUAUCUUGAUUGCCACCGGGACGCGGUUGUAUCUGCGCAGGGAGAACCAGAAGAUGGAUGAUGGCGAAUCCCUUGGGAAGAGCGGACCGACCCCAGCGCAGCAGGCAAGCGGCUUUAGCUCCGUACCUUUCCUGGGUGACAUGCUUUACAACAUUCUCAUGGACGACGGUGCUUCAGCCGGGCCUACGCCGCUGAGAAUCGUCCCUUACCAGACGCCAGGACAGUAUAUGCCAACGGUGGCAUCGCCACGCCCGUCUGAGAGGCGGCCUAGCCUUACGAAUUCGGCUUUGUCUCCGGUCGGGACCGCUACCACUAUCUCUCUGGAACAGGAGCACACGCGCGGCGUUCAAGCAGCCGUCUUUGAUGACUUUUCUCCAAACGAGCUGCCGCCAGCAAAUGGGGGCUCUGCCUCCGGAGAAACGCCAAACGGGCCUCUUCAGGAAGACCAGUACGGCCACUUUCACGGGGGAGCCUCUGAGUUUGCUUUCUUGCACAUGGCGAAGCAGAAGCUCGCAAGCCUACCGUCAAUGUCGAUACACUUUUCCGACUAUCCCCUUGCCGAGUCUGGGAAUCUGCCGCCUGUUCUUCCGCCCAAGCCAACCGCAGACAAGCUGGUACGGACUUUUUUUGAUUUCGGAUUGACUACUUCAAGAUUUGUGCAUGAACCGAGUCUGAUGGAAAGCUUCGAGAAGCUUUACAACGACGGCGAUGUAGACAGCCUGAACGAUGAUAUCCUGGGUGUUCGAUUGUACCAUAUGGCCGACAACCAGCUGCGCAAAGAGUCCAGCAAAAUCACAUUCGCAUCCUUACAAGCAAGGAUGCUCGCGACACAUUACCUCCUCAAUCACUCGCGUAUGCAUGAGGCGUGGUCUUCGUUCGGUAUCGUCGUCCGUCACGCCCAGGCGCUCGGCCUUCACCGCCGGUCCGUCGGGCCACUGAGCAAUCACGUCACCCGCGAGUACAGGAAAAGACUCUUCUGGUCCAUUUACAUCAACGACAGGAUAAUCAGUAGCAUCUUUGGCCGCCCUUGUGCGAUACAUGACGACGACAUUGAUCAAGACGAGUGCGCCUUGGCUAAUGACGAAGAUAUCACAGCGUCAGGUUGCCAUCUGACAGCAAGCGGUGAAUUCUGUUCAGCGGCAGCAUUGGUUCACUAUGCUCGUCUUGCCCGGAUACUGGGCAGAAUACUAAGAAGUUUUUACAGCCCGGCAGCUCGAAAUCAUGGCAUCAUGCAACUCCACCAAGCUGCUACAGACUUCGAGAGGAGUCUGCUCGACUGGCAGAAGAAUCUCCCAGCCUAUCUUAACUAUGUCGCUCUGCCCCCAUCAGCAUUGUCAAUAAUGACUCAAAGACAAACUUGCACGCUCAAACUCAUGUUUGCUCACGCAAGUCUCCUGCUCUACCGGCCUUUCAUACUCUACUCCAUGGACUCAGCCGCCGAAGCUUCUUCACGGUUGGAGCAAUGGGUGAAGAGGAGCCAUGACAAGUCUAUCAGCGCCGCAAAGGUGGUGGUAAACGAGUGCAGAUAUCUCUGCCAAAGAGGCCUGUUUUCUAGAGUAUUCUGGCUGGUUAACUACAUGCAGUUUGCGGCCGUGGGGACCCUGUACAUGUACUCCCAUCUCUGGCCCGAGGCGACACACGUCAGGGACACGGCAGAGGAAGCAAUGGCGGAAUUUCCUGUUGGAGUCGAAGGGGAUCUUGUGGGGCAGCGCUACGUCGAAAUCCUGGGCGAGCUGCGAGAUGUGACUGCGAAGUCGACCGUCGCCCCAUCUGUGGGAAUGGAUCUGCUAGCAAGGGCGUGUACUGUUGAUGAGCUACCGGCGUUUGAAGCUUCUCUGAUGGACUUUGGAGGCCCGUGGUCUAAUCUUUUCUUUGACACAACUGCUCUUGACGAGCACAUCAUCGUCAUGGCACAGGUUAUUGGAUACAGCGACUCUAAACUUCACACAAAACCCGUGUUCGCACAGGAAAAGUCUUUGGUUCAGAAUGAGGAGAAGCUGACAUUGCAUGGAAAUGGAGGGGUGCUGGACGAUGUCAGACACCUCACCCCUGUUUACUCUGACACUCCUAUUGAAGAGAUCCAGAGGAGGUACUGGCAAGAUGGCGUGGUCUGGGUUAAAGGGCUUCUAGACCCAAAGAUGGUCGAUAAGAUGCGCUCCGACUAUCUGUCCUUUGUUGACAGAGGCACCGGCAUACUGAAACCCGGCACCGACCCCGUUGACGGCAUUUUCUCUGGUGGAGACUGGCGCGAGUUUCUCCUUCCCGGUGCCGUCCGCGUAGCCUGCGGUCUCAAGGACGAAGGCCCCUUUGUUGACAACGCCAUCCAAAGCCACAGAGCCGACUUCUAUCAGGAGUUCAAGAACAAGGUCGGCAAACAGCUGGAGCCUUUUGUAGGCAAACUCGCCAACUUUGACGAAUCGUGGUGUCUCCCACGCUCUCUUCUUCGUUGUGCUGUGCCAGGAGGCGAAACGACGCCAGUUCACUACGAUCAGAUCUUCCUUCGAGCUGGACCCCCUACAAGUGUCACAGCUUGGGUCCCCAUUGGUGAUGUUGAGCUCGAGGGUGGUGGUCUGAUCUAUCUCGACCAGUCCUAUGGGAUCGGAAAGAAGUACGAGGAGGACUUUUCAAGGAUAAAUGCCCAACUCCCGGACGCAGAUAGGAUCUCUGCGUUCAAUAGGAACAUGGAGAAGGGCGGUUGGCUUGAUAGGAACGCUAAGCGAUUCGGAGAGCACUGGUCACGUGGCUGGCUUGUGGGGGCGUACGAGGCUGGCGAUGUUGUAUUCCACACUCCAUAUAGCAUCCACGCGGGAGCCAUGAACCAGUCUCCAGAGGGCCGCAUUCGUGUUUCAACAGAUUUGCGAUUCGUUGACAAGACCAAGCCGUACGAUGAGCGCUGGACCGUAAUCGCAUAUUCGGAACACGACCCCAACGUGGCGAGUAGGCAGCCGAGCAGCAAAGCCGACUAA